UGGGGCCAAGGGUCACGCAAGAUGGCGGCGCCCAGGAGGCGCUGAGGCGUGGAGCUAAGGAUGGGGCUGGCGGCGCUGGCCGCCAGGGUUCGACUGGGGUGGCGGCUGAGCGGGUCGGGACCGGAGCUGAGGCCGGGGCGAGGGCAUUGGACGGCGGCCGGGCGCUCGCGGAGCCCGCGCGAGGCAGACACGCCCGUGUUCCAAUAUGUGGGCGAGCGCGCGGCCCGUGCCGACCGCAUCUUCGUGUGGGGCUUCAGCUUCUCGGGGGCGCUGGGCGUGCCCACCUUCGUGCUGCCCGGCGCCGGGCCCGAGCCUCGCGCUGGCUCGCGGCCUCGACGCAGGAUCCAACCUGUGCCCUACCGCCUGGAGCUGGACCAGAAGAUUUCAUCUGCUGCCUGUGGCUACGGAUUCACAUUGCUGUCCUCUAAAACCAAGGAUGUUACGAAAGUCUGGGGCAUGGGACUCAACAAAGAUUCCCAGCUUGGAUUUCACAGGAGCCGCAAGGAUACUACCAGGGGAUACGAGUAUGUGCUGGAGCCCUCGCCUGUGCCGCUGCCUCUGGACAGACCCCAGGACACGCAGGUGCUGCAGGUCUCGUGCGGCAGAGCCCAUUCCCUCAUCCUCACAGACCGCGAAGGAGUCUUCAGCAUGGGAAACAAUUCUUACGGGCAGUGUGGAAGAAACGUGGUCGAAGAUGAAAUUUACAGCGAAAGUCACAGAGUCACUAGACUGCAGGACUUCGAAGGUCAGGUGGUUCAGGUCGUCUGUGGCCAGGACCAUAGCCUGUUCCUGACAGAUAAAGGAGAGGUGUACUCGUGUGGCUGGGGUGCCGACGGGCAAACAGGUCUGGGUCACUACAAUAUCACCAGCGUACCCACCAAGCUGGGCGGAGACCUGGCCGGGGUGCACGUCGUCCAGCUUGCCACCUACGGUGACUGCUGCCUGGCCGUGUCUGCUGAGGGUGGCCUCUUCGGCUGGGGAAACUCCGAGUACCUGCAGCUGGCCUCUGUCACGGACUCCACGCAGGUGAACGUGCCCCGGUGCUUGCCCUUCUCAGGAGUGGGCAGGGUGAAGCAGGCCGCGUGCGGUGGCACAGGCUGUGCGGUGUUAAAUGGAGAAGGACAUGUUUUUGUCUGGGGCUACGGAAUUCUUGGGAAAGGACCAAACCUCGUGGAAACUGCACUUCCAGAAAUGAUUCCACCCACCCUCUUUGGCCUGACAGAGUUCAACCCAGAAGUCCAAGUCUCCCUCAUCCGAUGCGGCCUCAGCCACUUUGCCGCCCUUACCAGUGACGAUGCCCGGGGAGCCCGUGGAUGUGGCUUGUGGUGUGGAUCACAUGGUGACUCUGGCCAAGUCGUUUAUCUGAUGCUGCUUCCUGACCGGCUCGAGCCCGGACCCGGCCUCAGAGCCACUUGGACUGCUCAGCAGGGGGUCAGAGGGGAUCGGGGCCCUUCGUGAAGGGUGACACGCUCUCCCGGUGCCCUUAGCAGGAGCGUACUGAAGAAGUCCCACGAUUCAGUCCCUCUGGCUGCGGGUGAGACCUGCCACGUUCACCAGGCCGAGCUCCAGUGAGACGAGUCCCAGGCCGCGCGGCCCUGGCAGGGCGAGGGUAAUCCACACGUCUCCGCUCUUUCCGGGGAACACACGACGGCUCCCAGGGUCAUCUCUGGCCGGAGAGGCGGGUCCGAGGAAAGCUUAGCUCCACAGCAUGUUUGAUCGUAAAGGGGGAUCGGGGCCCCGGCAGGGCUUCUGUGACCUUCUGACCACGGCCGAGCUCACGGUUGGCGCGUGGACCCCAGCGCGAGCCCCGGCCUGACCCAGGGAGUCGGGCUGUGGCCUCGGCCAGUCACCCGACUCUGCUGCCCCGCGGCCGGCUCGCGCUGGGACACGAGCCGCAGUCCCUUGAGAGUACCGGUGGGCCCCAGGCGGCACGCACGGCCCACGGCCGUCAGGAGCCUCCUAACCAUUCUCCCCGUCUGGUGGGGAAAGCCGAGGAGCCCCCGCAGGAGGAAGAGCGAGGCCCGAUUCUUGGGGCACUGAACACGCCCCGCGGAACCUGGCGGGAGGGCCGGCCCCGGGGAAGAGGCUCAGAAGGAGUAACAUAACCUGUCCUCUUGCUUAAAACUUCUUUUAGAACUCUCUUUUGCAAUAAAGCCUAUUUUCUGCCUUUUUA